AUGCCUAAUAGUAAGAAAAAUUUUAAACUAACCCCUCGCUUUGACUCUUACACACAGUUUAACGCCAAGCGGGAGGACAUAAUUAAAGAGAUUCUGAACUCAAAGUUGAUCAGACCACCAAGAAAGGCAGGCACGUAUCAAGAUACAAAAAAUGUCGACAAAUCCAAGUACUGCGCCUUCCAUCAAAAGCACGGCCACACAACUGACAAAUGUGUGGUCGCCAAAGACCUUCUGGAACGUUUGGCUCGGCAAGGUCACCUUAACAAAUAUAUUGGAGGACACAUUCAGAGACGUACUCCAACCUCUGGGGGCAAUGCUUCAUCCGAACAACCAAACCGAGGAAAAGACAAGCCAUCCUCGACUCAAUAUGAACAACCACGAGGUAUCAUUAAUUGUAUUUCAAGUGGAGGUGCCAGUGGGGGCUCAUCAAGUUCAGCUAGGAAAAGAUCUUUUCGAGCAGUAUACUCGGUCGAAGGAGCACAGCACGAGCACCAACUAACACCUCAAUUCUUCAAGAUGACGUUCACGUGGGAGGAUUUCAACUCUAAUAUUCAAAAUUUGGAUGACCCCGUGGUUAACACAAUUCAACUGGGAUACCUAUUAGUAAAGAAGGUACUCUUAGAUCCGGGAAGCAACACUGACGUCCUGUUUUACUCUACAUUUCAGAAAAUGAAGCUAAGCGAUAACAGGCUGCAACCAACCGGGGGAGACCUUGUCGGUUUCUCGGGCGAGCGAGUCCCAAUACUCGGAUCUGUGUGGUUGAAAACCACACUGAGUGAGAAUACUCUAUUCAAAACAUGUGAUAUUCAAUAUUUAGUAGUUAAUUGCUUUAGCCCAUACAACCUUAUACUUGGCCGACCUUUCUUAAACAAGUUCGGCGCAAUCGUAUCCACAGUUCACCUCUGUGUCAAGUUUCCUGUACAGGAUGAACACAUUGUUACCAUCCAUGGUGAUCAUAAAAAAGCACGGCAGUGCUACAACAUCGGAAUGAAGUUCAAAAAUGGGACAACACAACCUCAAAUCAACAAUGUCCUCGUCGUAGACAAUAGCGCGGAGUUUGCCGAUCUGGAUCCUAGAGCUGACUUCCUAGAACGACCUACACCAACAGGCGAGUUACAAAAAUUACAUUUCAAUAAAGACCCUAACAAAUACACCUUUGUAGGAACAGCAAUAAACAAAGAAGAACUAGCUACGAUAUAA